AAUUUUUGCAGUUUAGCCCAACAACACUGACUCUUGAUUCGGGAGUUACACAACCUCCUCUUUUAAGUGAGGCUCAUCUUCUAUGUUGUAUAGAUAAGGCAGGAAUUGGUACGGAUGCAACAAUGCAUGAUCCCAUAAAGAAAUUGCUUGAUCGAUUUUAUGCGACGAAAGACGCAAACACUCGUUUCUCACCUACGAAAGUUUUAAGAACUGGGAAAACCAUAUCUGCGUGCAGCAAUGGAACGUCAUAUGAAAGAAGUUAGCAGCGAUGGAACGUGAAGGGAAAGAACAGAGGACGCUAAAGAUAUUUCAGCUUUCACUCCUCACUCCAUUGCCACAGAUUUCUCAUCUCCUUUUCCACAUUCUGCUCUAAAAAUGCCCAAUCUCCGGUGGGGUUUCUUUCAUCUCUUCCUUCUUCAUCUAGCCUCCAAUGUGUCUGCUCUUCGUGAACCGGCAGUGGGAGUCCUGACUAUCGUUCCAGAUUCAAGUCCGGCGGCUCUGCAGGCCUUUUCCGGCACCGGCGUCCCUGUAGCAGUUGCCGUUCCGGCGGAGAGCCUCAGUGCGGUGUCAAAAAGCGUUCUUGAGGCUGAAAAAUGGGUCAGAGCCCAUGUUCUUGCUCACUAUCCGGCCACCAACAUCGCCGCCGUCGUUUCCGGCCACAGUUUCCCCUGUCGGGAAUCCGAACGGCUGGCUGAACGGAUUUUACCGUCGAUGAAGAACAUUCGCCACUCCCUCACGAGGUGGGGUUUGGAAGGCGAAAUCAAAGUCUCCACUUUUCUCUCCGAAAACUGCGUCCCCCCGGCAUCAGACGUCGUCCCUGUUCUCGAGUAUCUCCGGCGAACAAACUCGCCGUACUCCGUCGACCCAUCCUCCGACCUACCCAUUUCAGAAUCCAUCAAGAAUCUUGGGUUUCCCAACCUAACCAAGAUCCAUCUCACCACCGAGAUUCAAAACCACAAACCCACAAGCAGAAAGCUCUCAUUCUAUCCCUUCACAGAUCCAGUCCACCUCCCGCCGCUGGUCGGAACAGUAACUCCGCCGCCGUUGUCUCUCCCAAUCCCCCCUUCAGCGGCGCCAUACGGGCCGCACUUGCCACCCUGCAGCCCAUCCGGGGGAGUACCCAGUCCAGCUCCGGCACACGAACAGCUAUGGUGCGUGGCAAAGCCCAAUGUGCCACCGGAGACACUGAAAGAGGCUCUGGACUAUGCUUGCGGGGAAGGAGGGGCGGACUGUGAGGAGAUUAAACCGCAGGGAAGAUGCUAUUACCCAAACACCAUUGUAGCCCAUGCUUCAUAUGCCUUCAACAGCUAUUGGCAGAUAAGCAAGAGACUUGGUGGGACUUGUGGGUUUGAAGGAACUGCCAUGCUCAUCAACUCUGAUCCAAGUUAUCGCCAUUGUCGGUUCACUAUUGCUUAGGGUAUGGAAGGAGGAAUUGAGGUCAGGAAUUCAAGACAAAUGCCUAAGGAGAUGAGAAGGAAGAAGAAGAUGUUUGAUGGGUCCCUCUCUAUUGGAUGCCAUGUAUGAAUUCUAUCGUAUGUACGAGAUAUUUUGGUAUAUUCUUAUAUGUUUCGAGGAAUUCAUAUCGUUUUUGCUAGAAUUAUGUUACGAGUAAUUCAUGUCGCUGCAAUUUUUUAAAUCACAAUACUUUUGCAAUUUAAGAAUCUCUCUGCUCUUUAACAUUGGGGCUCAAAAGAAUGCAAAAGAAUGAAGAACCUAAGACAGU